CUGGUAGGACACCACAGCAUCACUAUAUAUAUAUGUGUACACCCAGCUAGCUAUGCACCCCAUUCUCCAUAAGUGCUCAAUCCUAUUCCAUUCAAAGCAAUCAACCAUGAACAAGACUUCUGUGCUCCUCGGCCUUACUUUCACCUUUCUUUUUUGUGGAGCUCACCCGGCGAAGAUAACUUUCACAAACAAUUGUCCAUAUACAGUAUGGCCAGGAACCUUAACGGGCGGCAACAGGCCUCAACUCUCAAGCACCGGUUUUCAGUUAGCAACCAAAGAAACUCAAUCCCUCGAUGCUCCAGCCCCUUUCACUGGAAGGUUUUGGGGCCGAACACUGUGUUCCACCGACUCCUCUGGCAGGUUCACUUGUGCAACUGGUGAUUGUGGAUCAGGACAAGUAUCAUGCAACGGCGCUGGUGGAAAUCCACCAGUUAGCCUCGUAGAAUUCACUUUAGCAGAAAACAAUGGACAAGAUUUUUACGACAUUAGCCUCGUUGAUGGGUUUAACGUGCCAGUAUCAGUGUCUCCACAAGGCGGGUCUGGUAAUAACUGCACUACUGCGAGCUGUCCAGGAAAUGUAAACUCAGUCUGCCCUACACAAUUAGCAGUUAAAGGGUCUGAUGGAAGCAUAAUUGCUUGCAAGAGUGCAUGCGAGGAAUUCAACCAGCCAGAAUAUUGCUGCACAGGGAACUUCAAUACCCCAGAAACUUGCAAACCCACAAAUUAUUCAAUGAUCUUCAAGAACCAGUGCCCUCAGGCUUAUAGCUACGCUUAUGAUGAUUCAAGUAGCACCUUUUCUUGCAGCGGUGGAGCUAACUACGCUAUCACUUUCUGUCCAUGAUGAAGACUUUAGGUUGAAAAUUAAGUAGUGGAUUAAAUAAAACAAAAGUCUGGACAGACUUGACAGAAAUUAAUACUAUUAUCGGUAAUUAAGGGUGUAUGAAUAAGCACCAAUUUUUGGUGAAUUAUUAAUAUAUACUUUUUCCUUGAUGAAUUAUACAAUAAUAUUAAAUAUUUGAUAUC